GCGCUCGUGUGGAAGUUCAAGAAGGAGGAGAUUGCUGGUAUAUUGGAUCGAAUAGAGCGUUUGAAGUCGCUUGUAGAGAUCGCGUUGCAGAUGGACCACUUCAAACUCUCCCAAACCAUCAAAGACGAUACCCACUUAGUUCGGACGCACGUAGACGAGAUCUGGCAAGAUAAAGAUGCCGCGAAGCACCGUAGGAUUCUAGAAUGGAUCUCUCCCUCAGACUACCCCGCACAACAAUCCGACAUCAUAAACCGCAGACAGAAGGGAACAGGCCAAUGGUUUCUAGAUGCGCCUCAGGUGGCUACGUGGCUCAGUGAACACCAGGCAACACUCUUCUGCCCAGGUAUCCCGGGGGCUGGCAAGACCAUGGUAGCCGCCAUUGCGAUCGACCAGCUAUUGAAAUCAGUGCAGAGCGGCUCACAUGGAGUUGCUUACGUAUACUGCAACUACAAGGCUCGGGAGGAGCAGGAUACUUCGAGGAUGUUGGCAGCUAUCCUCAAGCAGCUAGUGCAGGCUCGACUGUCACUAGUGGAUCCUGUGGAACGGUUGCACAAACAGCAUGCUGAUAGAGGAACCAGGCCAUCGCCUGAUGAGAUCUUCAGCGCACUCCGAGAUGUACUUGCACAUCACUCUACUGUCUAUAUUGUGGUCGAUGCUCUGGAUGAAUGUCUGGACAGCGACGGCACUCGGCGCCAGUUUCUAGCCAAACUCCGCAAUCUUCAGGCAGGACAUGAUGUUCGCCUAAUGGCUACCUCGCGUUUUAUUCCAGAGAUUAUGGACUGGUUUAAGGAAGGGCUGAAGCUAGAAGUGCAGGCUUGUGAAGAGGAUGUGAAGCGAUUCGUGGCUGGCCAGAUAUGUCGACUACCAAACUGUAUUCAACGUGACCCUGUGCUACAGGAGGUUGUCCAAGAAAAGAUCGUAGAGGCGGUAGACGGCAUGUUUCUUCUUGCUUGCCUCCACACUGAUUCGCUGCUAGACAAGAGAACGGCGAAGGACGUGAAGUCAACACUAGCUAAGCUCUCCAAAGGCUCGGCCGCACUCGAUAACGCAUACAAGGGGGCGAUCCAUCGCAUAGAGGGCCAGUUAAGCGGAGAUUACGAACUAGCCAAAAGAGUACUGUCGUGGAUCACGUAUGCGAAACGGCCACUUACUACGACAGAGAUCUGCUGUGCUUUGGCAGUAGAGCCGGACGAGGCGGAGCUCGAUCCCGAGAACAUACCUGAUGUUGAGGACCUAUUGUCCGUGUGUGCUGGACUCGUCGUCGUUGACCAAGAAAGUGCCGUCAUCCGUCUUGUGCAUUACACCGCCCAAGAAUACUUCGAACGUAUCCGAGAUACAUGGAAUCCAGGCGCUCAACUAAAUAUGACCUCGAGAUGUCUCACAUACCUAUCAUUCAGCAUAUUCAAAACUGGGAGCUGCUCCUCUGACGAAGAAUUUGAAGAGAGGCUUCGAGUAAGCCAAUUCUUAGACUAUGCUGCUAAGCACUGGGGAGAGCAUGCGUUAACAGUGGAAGGUGAGAUAUGUGAGCUAGCCUGCUCAUUUCUUUUUUGCCAAGAAUUGGUUUCUUGCGCUACGCAGGCACUGUUACGACCAAAUUACCUAUAUCGAGGGUAUAGCCAGAGAUAUCCCAAGGACAGCACGGGAUUACAUCUUGCAGCACGUUUCGGAUUAGCCAUUGUAUUGGAGACCCUGCUCCUAAACCAAGUAGGAGAGACAACAUCCAUAUUAGAAGAAAGGGACAGCGAGGGCCAGACUCUCCUACAUCUCGCAGCAGAACAUGGACAUCACAGAACGGUGAAACUACUGCUCGACAAGGGGGCCGACGUCCACGCUGGGCGUGGACGCUACGGCAACGCACUCCAGGCGGCUUCAGCUAGAGGCCACGAGGCAGUGGGCGCCGACGUCAACGCCCAGGGUGGAGGGUAUAGCAACGCACUCCAGGCGGCUUCAGCUAGAGGCUACGAGGCAGUGGUGAAGCUACUGCUCGACAAGGGCGCCGAUUUCCACGCCCAGGGUAGACGCCACGACAACGCACUGUAUGCGGCUUCAGCUGAAGGCCACGAGGCAGUGGUAAAGCUGCUGCUCGACAAGGGCGCCGACGUCGACGUGGAGUGACCCAAGGUUUUACGCUGCGCACCCCAAACC